CCACAGCUUCCUUUGUCGAUGAGAAGAUGCGCGAGGCCUUCGGCGAGCCCCUGGUCAACUCCACUGGUGGAUCGACUUUUCCCGAGUGGGAGGCGUAUCACCAGCGGAUCUGCCAGCUUCGACUGCGCUACGUGAAGGAUCUCAGCAACCUUGGCAACCUAGGCCGCGCCAUCGCCGAUGCCAUCGCUGAGGAGGUGGAGAAGAUCUCCAAGCUCGAGGCACCGUCCCAGCAGGUCUUCGUCUUCAUCCGCACACUCAUCCAGCGGGAUCCUGAUGUCAAGAAGAAGCGCGAUGUCAAGCGGAUGCUCUGGAGGCGGCUGGAGAUGUGGCAGGAGGGACAAGUGGAGGAGCUUGUGUGCGAGGCGGAGCGACUGGACCAGCAAUUCCCCACCACUCAGCCUCGGCUGGACGACGCGUCGGUCUAUCGCAUCUUCAACAAGCUCAUGCUCGAGGGCAAAGUCCGGGCGGCCGUCCGCUUCGUCAACGAGAGGGGCGGCGGGGGGGUCCUCCACCCAUCCGCUCAGGCCGAGAAGCGCCCUCCGGGGGUCACGGUGCUCGAUGUCCUUCGCGAGAAGCACCCACCACAGCAGCAGCCGCACGAGGAGGCCUUCCUUCCCUGUGACAACCUUCCUCCCCUCAUUGACGUGGACAUCACGGACUCGACCGUGGAGCGAGCGGCACGGAGCCUCAGUGGGAGCGCUGGACCGACCGGUGGCGAUGCGAACUUCUGGCAGACCUUCCUCCUCCGAUACGAUGCCAAGAGCGGCCGCCUCCGCACGGCUGUGGCCUCACUCAUCUCUACCCUGGCCAACACCAUCGUCCCAUGGGACAACAUCAAGGUCCUGUGAGCGUGCCGCCUCAUCGCUCUCGACAAAUGUCCUGGCGUCCGCCCCAUCGGCAUCGGAGAGGUGCUAUCUCGACUGGCCGGCAAGUGUGUGGCCUCGGUGACCCGCUCUGACCUGGAGGCGACCUGCGGCACCGAUCAGCUGUGCAUCGGAGUGAAG